GAGCCGCGGCUCGCUGCGCGGGGACCGGCCGGCCGCAGCGGGCGUGCGGGGACGUGCGGUCCUGGCAGAUGAGAGAGAAUGAGGACACUGAGGAGCAGGAGUCGGUGAUUAGAGGAGACCGGGACGACUAGGAAGCCUCCCCUCAGAGGUUGCAGCGGUUUCCUCAUCAGAAGUGGAGAAGCCCUGUCUGGACUCUGUCUAGUGGGCUGAAACAGCGAGUCCCUCAGAAAGGAGUUCGAGAAUCGUCAUGCCGCGACAGCUCCCGAUCACCGUGCCCACCGAAGCCAGCACCUGGGUGAAAUUGCACCAUCCAGGGCAGGCCAAGAAGGGGGCGCCCCUGUGGGAGGAUGUGACUAAAAUGUUUGAAGGAGAAGCUCUGCCAUCUCAGGAUGCUGAUGUGACCCAGGGAGAAGGUUUAGAGGAUGAAGUAACCUCUGGGCAUCCAACAGUAGAAUCGCAGGAACUGUUAACCUUCAAGGACAUAUCUGUGGACUUCACCCAGGAGGAGUGGGGGCAGCUGGCCCCUGCUCAUCAGAAUCUGUACCGGGAGGUGAUGCUGGAGAACUAUGGGAACCUGGUCUCAGUGGGAUAUCGGCUUUCCAAACCUGGUGUGAUUUCCCAGUUGGAGAAAGGAGAAGAACCAUGGCUGAUAGAGAGAGAGAUUUCAGGAGAUCCAAGUUCAGCCUUAGAGAGUAAAACAGAAACCAAAGAGUCAAAUUUAAAGAAUGACUUUUCGUGGGAAGAAUUACAGCAUGGCCUGAUGCUAGAAAGGUCCAAAAGAGGAAACAACUUGUAUUCCACAUUGGGAAGAGUCUCCAAAUGUGAUAAAUUAGAAAGCCACCAGGAAAACCAAGGAAUGGGUAUGGAGCAAAUUUCCGUGAUCUGCAAGAAAAUGCUCGCUCCAGAGAGAUGCCAAGAAUCUAACAGAUUUGAGAAGAGAAUUAGUGUGAGCUCAAAAGUUAUGCCGGGACCAGUAGGUCUUCCAAGAAAAAGAGACUGUAAAUAUGACACAUCUGGAAAGGGAGGCAGAUACAACUUAGAUUUGAUUAAUCAUUCAAGGAGUUACACAAAAAUGAAAACCUUUGAAUGUAGUAUUUGUGAAAAAAUCUUCAAACAGCUCAUUCACCUUACUGAACACAUGAGAAUUCAUACUGGAGAGAAACCUUUCAGAUGUAAGGAAUGUGGAAAAGCCUUUAGUCAAAGUUCAUCCCUUAUUCGACAUCAGAGAAUCCAUACUGGUGAGAAACCCUAUGAAUGUAAGGAAUGUGGGAAAACCUUCAGACAUCCUUCAUCCCUUACUCAACAUGUUAGAAUUCAUACUGGGGAGAAGCCCUAUGAAUGUGGAGUAUGUGAGAAAGCCUUCAGCCAGCGCAUUGGAUUGAUCCAGCAUCUGAGAACUCAUGUUAGAGAAAAACCUUUUAUGUGCAAAGACUGUGGAAAAGCAUUUUUUCAGAUUAGACACCUUAGACAACAUGAGAUUAUUCAUUCUGGUGUGAAACCCUAUAUUUGUAAUGUAUGCAGUAAAACCUUCAGCCAUAGCACAUACCUAACUCAACACCAGAGAACUCAUACUGGAGAAAGACCAUAUAAAUGUAAGGAAUGUGGGAAAGCCUUUAGCCAGAGAAUACAUCUUUCUAUCCAUCAGAGAGUCCAUACUGGAGUGAAACCUUAUGAAUGCAGUCAUUGCGGGAAAGCCUUUAGGCAUGAUUCAUCCUUUGCUAAACAUCAGAGAAUUCAUACUAGAGAAAAACCUUAUGAUUGUAAUGAAUGUGGAAAAGCCUUCAGCUGUAGUUCAUCACUUAUUAGACACUGCAAAACACAUUUAAGAAAUACCUUUAGCAAUGAUAUGUGAACUAUAUUCAACAUCAAAGAAUCUAUAUUAGAGCAAAAGCCUCUAAAUCAGUGGUUACCUGGCUUU